AUGCCUCUCUCCCCUGACCGAACAAUUGAGGUUAUCAUCUUCCUGGUCCUUUUGGUGUGGUGGCUGGAUAUCUCCCCGGAUUCAGGCAUCCAGUUCUUGGAUUACUUUGCGGGAAGGGCUCGUCUGGCUUUGGUUGCUGAAGGUGCAGGAUACAAAGUACAGGCGUACGACAAGGCCUAUGGGGAUGCCCUCGGGAAACGCAAGAAUAAGAGAUCAUCCAUGGACUUGAAUUCCAAUGCAGGAAUGGUGAUAGCCAUCUCCUUGAUCUUGCGGUCGAAACUGGACCAGCUGGUGGCAGCCUUUGGAGUGGUGUGCUCAAGUUUCGUGCCGGUUAACAAAGGCACGUCUAAGAGAUGCUACCUUUGUCCUCUAGGAGAUGAAAGCAGUCUUGCUGUUCGAAAGGGCAACAAACUCAUGGCCAGGAGCACAAUCUUGAUGCAUUUGGUCGUGGCGGCUGGUGACGUUCAAAGUUUCGAUGUGGAUGAGAAAGUUCCAAUCUUUCACGUGGAAGCGGACGUGGCUGUGGUCUACUUCGGACAUAAUCGGGAGUAUACCUUCUGCUACGCGCGCCACUUCGUGCUGAUGCUGGAGGAUAUGAUGGCUCAAAGGCCGAUCGAGUUCACG